AGAAAGGACGCAUACUCUAGGCAUGCUAAGACUGCGCGCUUUGGCCGGUCAGCUUACCAGCCAAAUAGGACGACUGGCAUCCACUGCUCAUUUGGACUACUCCCGCUACCCAGCGCUACAGGAAUCAGACAUUGAGGAGACGCUAAUGCGUGGCAGUGGCCCAGGGGGUCAGGCUGUAAACAAGACCAACAACUGUGUAUUUCUGCGACAUCUACCCACAGGACUUACGGUCAAAUGCCAUCUGCAUCGUUUGGCUUCCAAGAAUCGCGUAGAGGCGCGCAAAAUGCUGCAGGACAAGCUGGACGUGCACUUGAAUGGCGAGCAGUCAAUAGCAGCGCAACUUAAGGUGCUGGAUCAGCGCAAAUCCUCGGAGCGAAAACGACGCCAGGGCAAGUUACAGGAGUUAAAGAAGAACUGGCAAGAGCGCGAACAGCAAGAGCAUGAUAAAUAAAAAAGUGCAAUACGCCUUUCG